ACGCGCUACUACAAGUCCCUCCCCACGGGCAAAUUGACUUCAGGCUGGUACGCGACCCGGGACGCCACGGGAGGGCAGACAGUCAGCCCCUUGAGCUUGGCAGCUCUAGCACGUGCGCCGCCUGCGCCUGCGAUCCGAGUAAGUGGGGUGACGCCGUCCCACUUCCCUCUAUCAUGGCAGAGCUCGGGACUGGCCGAGCGUGCGAGGGUGGUCCCGGUGCUUGACCGAGCGCAACCCACAAGUCGAUCGUACGAGCGUCUGGCAUGGGACCACCCUUUCUUCUCGUCCAUUACUCCCCUCGCCGCAGCCGUCUCUCUGUCGAGAUUUCACCUCGCGGAGAUGAAGGCGGAGAGGCUGGAGCUGAAAUGAGUGCCCCUUUCCCGCCUCCGCCAAGUACUCGUUGCUCACUGUCCACGACAAUGGCACCCAUCACUGACCAUUAUACGCCCGUUGGGCACCCCUUUUACCAGUAUCUCGUCGCCCCACUCCCCGCCUACGAGCUCGGCCUCUCGUUUGUCCCAGUGCCCAAGUCCGAAAGCUCCUCAGACUGGGAGACCGACAGUGUCCUCCGCUCCUUCACCGCGAUCGCCCGCCGCAUGUACACGGCCGAGGAGACCAUAGCAGCGAUCAAGGCGUCCCGGAGCAGCAGUCCAGAGUCUAAGAAAUGCUGCAACGUCGGCGACAACCCUCCUAUCAGCAGCACAAGCUCGUCGAGCUCCCGGAGCGACGGCGCCGAGGCCAACGGCUCCAUCGGCCAGACGGCCACGUCGACGCCGCCCUUCAUCGGCACGCCCAGCAGCUCCGUGGAGAACAGCCCGAGCACGAUGGACAACAACGGCCACCACCAUCACCCCCAUCGUGUUGAUAAGGACGUCGAGAUGUUCAAUGCCGACGCGAACGCGGAGGCCGAGAGCGAGACUACGCCCCAGAUGCAGCAGCCACGCGGGCGCAACGGCCUCCGACGCGUCGCCCUUGAGCAUCUCGCUCAAGGAGGUCGGCAACCCGAGGGUCAAGCGGAUCGCGCCGCAGUCUGCGCCGCCGACGUCGACUGCGGAGAGCGCACACAGCCCUCACUGCGGCAAGAACCUGUACACGAAUUUUGACGUCAACGUGCCCCAGCUCAGCUCUUCGUUGGUCGUCCCGAUCGGCCCGCUCGCUGCGGCCGCCGAGAACGGCAUGAGCGCUGUCGAGGAGGCUGCUCAAGGCUCAGGUCCAGGACGUCGUGCGAGUCUGCAACGCUGCCCUAGCGGCGGCUUGUCGCAGAAGAUUACGGUGCCCGUGCAGGGCGUGGAC